AUGUCCAUCUUGCUCUCUCCAGGCUCUGAAAAACGACCAUUCCUCCGAUUUGAAGCAGACAACGUCUCUAACUACACAGCGCUGCUGCUGAGCAGGGAUGGCAGGACUCUGUAUGUGGGUGCCCGAGAGGCCCUCUUUGCCCUCAACAGCAGCCUCAGCUUCCUGCCAGGCGGCGACUACCGGGAGCUGCUGUGGAGUGCAGAUGCCGAGAGGAAACAGCAGUGCAGCUUCAAGGGCAAGGAUCCCCAGCGUGAUUGUCAAAACUACAUCAAGAUCAUCCUGCCCCUCAACAGCAGCCACCUCUUCACCUGUGGCACAGCAGCCUUCAGUCCUGUGUGCACCUACAUCGAUGUGGAGAACUUUACUUUGGCCAAGGACAAAACAGGAAAUGUCCUCUUGGAAGAUGGCAAGGGUCGUUGUCCAUUUGACCCCAAUUUCAAGUCUACAGCCCUGGUGGUCGAUGGCGAGCUCUACACUGGAACGGUCAGCAGCUUCCAGGGGAAUGACCCGGCCAUCUCACGGAGCCAGAGCCUCCGCCCCACCAAGACUGAGAGCUCUCUCAACUGGCUACAAGAUCCAGCUUUUGUGGCCUCAGCCUAUAUUCCUGAGAGUCUGGGCAGCUUGCAGGGAGAUGACGACAAGAUCUACUUCUUCUUCAGUGAAACGGGCCAGGAGUUUGAGUUCUUUGAAAACACCAUCGUGUCCCGCAUUGCCCGAAUCUGCAAGGGCGACGAGGGUGGCGAGCGUGUCCUGCAGCAGCGCUGGACAUCUUUUCUGAAAGCCCAGCUGCUGUGCUCCCGGCCUGAUGAUGGCUUCCCGUUCAACGUCCUGCAGGAUGUCUUCACACUGAGCCCCAGCCCCAAGGACUGGCCCAACACCCUCUUCUAUGGGGUCUUCACCUCCCAGUGGCACCGGGGGACCACAGAAGGCUCUGCCAUCUGUGUCUUCACCAUGGAGGACGUGCAGAGGGCCUUCAACGGCCUCUACAAGGAAGUCAACCGGGAGACGCAGCAGUGGUACACUGUGACUCAUCCGGUCCCCUCGCCCCGGCCUGGUGCGUGCAUCACUAACAGUGCCCGGGAAAGGAGGAUCAACUCAUCCCUGCAACUCCCGGACCGCGUACUCAACUUCCUCAAGGACCACUUCCUGAUGGACGGGCAGGUCCGAAGCCACAUGCUCCUGCUACAGCCCAGGGCCCGCUACCAGCGCGUGGUGGUCCACCGCGUCCGCGGCCUGCACCACACCUAUGACGUCCUCUUCCUGGGCACUGGUGAUGGCCGGUUGCACAAGGCUGUGAGCCUAGGCACCAGGGUGCACAUCAUCGAGGAGCUCCAGAUCUUCCCCACAGGACAACCUGUGCAGAACCUGCUUCUGGACGCCAACAGGGGCCUGCUGUACGCUGCCUCAUACUCGGGCAUAGUCCAGGUGCCUGUGGCCAAUUGCAGCCUGUACCAGAGCUGUGGGGACUGCCUUCUUGCCCGGGACCCCUACUGUGCUUGGAGCGGCUCCAGUUGCAAGCACGUCAGUCUCCUACCACCUGAGUUAACCCCCAGGUUGUGGAUCCAGGACAUUGAGGGGGCCAAUGCUAAGGGCUUGUGCAAUGCUUCCUGGCCCAGAGGCCGAGCAUCUACAUCGUCAAAGCCCUGUGAGCAAGUCCAGUUCCAGCCCAACACAGUGAACACCUUGGCCUGCCCACUCCUUUCCAACCUGGCCACCCGGCUUUGGCUGCACAAUGGGGCUCCAGUCAAUACCACGGCUUCCUGUCGCGUGCUGCCCACUGGGGACCUGCUGUUAGUGGGCAGCCCCCAGGGGCUGGGUCUGUUCCAGUGUUGGUCGCAGGAAGAUGGCUUCCAGCAGCUGGUGGCUAACUACUGCCUGGCGGUGGUCAAGGUCGUGAACGAAGCCGACCAGGGUGGCAGCGUGCCUGUCGUCAUCAACACCUCACGUGUGAGCGCACCAGUUAGUGGCAAGUCUAGCUGGAGUUCCGACAAGUCCUACUGGAACGAGUUCCUGGUGAUGUGUGUGCUGUUUGUACUCGCUGUGGUGCUUGUAACUUUUUUCUUACUCUACCGGCACCGGGAUUGCAUGAAAAUCUUCCUGAAGCAGGGAGAGUGUGCCAGUGUGCACCCCAAGACCCGCCCUGCAGUGUUUCAAGCGGAGGCCCGGCCACUCAAUGGUGUAGGUCCUCCUAGCACCCCACUUGACCACCGAGGAGGUUACCAGGCCCUGUCGGAUAUCUCCCCAGGGCCCCGGGUCUUCACUGAAUCAGAGAAGAGGCCACUCAGCAUCCAGGACACCUUGGUAGAAGUGUCCCCAGUGUGCCCCAGGCCCCGCGUGCGCCUGGGCUCAGAGAUCCGGGACUCUGUGGUGUGA